GGCGCGUCUCCCGGGUGACGGGGCCGAGAUGGUGGCGCGCGAGGCGGUGGUGGAGCGGCGCGCGCCUGGCUCUGGAUGAGGGGCGGCCGGAGGCUGCGGGAGCGGCCGCCUCGGCCCCUGGAGCCCCGCGACCCCCGGCGAGGCCUCCCCCCCGGAGCAGAUAUGGUCAACAUUUUUCAUUCUCAAAGGACAGUAUUGGAGCAGCCUACCUAAUGAUCCACCUUCCUGACUCUUCCUAACUUAAAGCCUGGAAUAUAAAAAGUGAUUUAAAUGCCAUAGCAUAUUUGAAAUCAAGCUGUCCUUCCAUGGAAUACUCAUGGCCUGAGGAAAAUGUCACAGGGCUGCCUUCUCUUCUCACCAGGAGGAAGGGUUUCUCACCAUGGCCAUAACACAGUUUCGACUCUUUAAAGUCUGUACUUGCCUGGCAGCAGUGCUUUCUUUCAUUAAAAAGUUAAUAUGCAGGUCUGGAAGAGGGCGAAAGUUAAGUGGAGACCAAAUAACUUUGCCAACCACAGUGGAUUAUUCAUCUGUUCCUAAACAGCCUGAAGUAGAAGACUGGUCUUCAUGGGAUGAAGAUGCACCUACAAGUGUGAAGAUUGAAGGUGGCAAUGGUAAUGUGGCUGCUCAGCAAAAUUCUUUGGAACAAAUGGAACCUGAUUAUUUCAAAGAUAUGACACCAACUAUAAGAAAAACUCAAAAAAUAGUUAUUAAAAAACGAGAGCCUUUAAAUUUUGGGAUUCCAGAGGGAAACACAGGAUUCUCUAGCAGAUUAGCAGCUACACAAGAUAUUCCUUUUAUUCACCAAUCUCCUGAACUGGGAGACCUGGAUACUUGGCAAGAAAAUACUAAUGCCUGGGAAGAAGAGGAAGAUGCUGCUUGGCAGGCAGAAGAAGUUCUUAGACAACAGAAGAUAGCAGAAAGGGAAAAAAGAGCAGCAGAACAACAGCGAAAGAAAAUGGAGAAAGAGGCACAAAGGCUAAUGAAAAAGGAACAAAACAAAAUUGGUGUAAAACUGUCCUAACAGAAACCAGGCAGCAAUGGCAGUGCCAGUGGAAAGAGAAUUUCAGCUCUACAACAUAUGUAUUGGUAUUGAUUUAACUAUUUAUAGGACUUCAACACACUGCUUGGUUUCAAUGCAUUCUUCAGGUCAUCUUGGAAGCCAGGAUUUUCCCAAAAUAUCUUGAACUACUAGGACGUAGUUCUUAAAGGAGAAAAGCCCCACAGAAAAUCAUGCCUUGAUGGAAUGUUUCCUGCAAUAGUUCUUUCCCAGCACCCUUCUUUGCAGCAAAAGUGAUUGACAAGGAUGGUGAUUGAAAAACACUCUUAAUGAACAGCUCAAGCCUAGAGAAAAGAAUGUAAAUAUUGAGUGGUGGGAAAUCUACCUGUAUUGUCUGUGCUUACCUGAAACAUGUAAUUAAACAGUUUUAAAGAAA